GUUGUGUCCACACAUACUAUUGCAUUUGUUCUGUAGAUGCAUUUACCAGAAGCGCUAGAGGGCGCUAGUGAGUAUGUUGUUCUGGUUGUGGUUUUUGAAGAAGAAAAAGAAAAAAUAAAGAAAGGAGUUAUCUCCGGUAAUCCUCUGUUCCUACCUGAGUGUGUGUAAUGCCUGCUGAACUAACACCACACAACACAUCUCACCUGCUUGUUUUUAUUAAGCUUCUUUGGCUGCUUCGGCAAAAAGCACUCAUCAUGUCCAAAGGUACGGUGGUUCUGGCUUACAGUGGUGGACUGGACACCUCCUGCAUUCUGGUCUGGCUCAAGGAGCAGGGCUAUGAUGUCAUCACCUACUUGGCCAACAUCGGGCAAGACGAAGACUUUGAAGCUGCCCGGAAAAAGGCGGAAAGCCUCGGUGCAAAGAAGGUUUUCAUUGAAGACCUUCGUACAGAGUUUGUGGAGGACUUCAUCUGGCCUGCAGUUCAGGCCAAUGCUGUCUAUGAAGACCGAUACCUGCUGGGCACUGCGGUAGCACGGCCCUGCAUUGCCCGGCGUCAGGUGGAGAUUGCACGCAGGGAGGGUGCCCAGUUUGUCUCACACGGUGCCACUGGUAAGGGAAAUGACCAGAUACGCUUCGAGCUAACAUGCUAUGCCCUCUACCCUGAGGUCAAGAUCAUCGCACCCUGGAGGAUACCCGAGUUUUACAACCGCUUCCGGGGGAGGACGGACUUGAUGGAGUAUGCAAAGGAGCAUGGCAUCCCUGUGCCUGUGACCCCUCAGGCACCUUGGAGCAUGGACGCCAACCUCAUGCAUAUCAGCUAUGAGUCGGGCAUCCUGGAGAAUCCCAAGAGUCGUGCACCGGCUGACCUCUACCUGAUGACCAAGAACCCAGAAGACUCUCCAAAUGUCCAAGAUGUGCUGGAGAUAGAGUUCAAAAAAGGUGUUCCUGUCAAGGUGACCAAUAUGAACGAUGGUAUUUCCAAAAACACAGCACUGGAUGUCUUUUCUUACCUCAAUGAGAUCGGGGGAAAACACGGAGUGGGCCGGAUAGACAUUGUAGAGAACCGUUUCAUCGGCAUGAAGUCCCGAGGGAUAUAUGAAACCCCAGGAGGUACAGUUCUGUUGAAGGCCCACUUAGACAUUGAGACCUUUACCAUGGACAAAGAGGUGCGGAGGAUCAAACAGGGGCUUGGUAUCAAGUUCUCUGAACUUGUGUACAAUGGUUUCUGGUACAGUCCAGAGUGUGAUUUUGUGCGACACUGCAUCGCCAAGUCCCAGGAGAACGUGGAGGGCAAAGUGCAGCUGUCUGUCUUCAAGGGUCAGGUCUACAUCCUGGGACGAGAGUCACCCAAGUCCCUGUACAACGAGGAGCUAGUCAGCAUGGAUGUGCAGGGAGACUACGACCCGUGUGAUGCCUCUGGAUUCAUCAGGAUUAAUGCCGUCAGGUUAAGGGAACACCACCGCUUGCAGGGUUUGUCCAGCACCAAGCAGUAAUUGGUGUCAGUUGUGGAAAAGCACCUUCUUUUCUUGUUUUCUCUCUCCAUACACACACCAACAAAUUUUAGUCUUUGUGCCUCUAGUAUCCACCUUAUGCCUUAUUAUGUAGUGUUGGUUGUAUUAGCACAAUAGAAAGCACAUCAUUUUCAUAGUUGAAAGCAGACAUUCACACGUAACAGCAGGAUUGGCUCACUCCAAAAUAUGAACUGUGGAUAAACUCUUGAUAUGUAUUUCUUAGUAUUUGGUUCCUAUUUGGUUCUAUUCUUGGCAUCAUUAUUUUAAUACCAUGAACUGUUUGUAUUCAAAUAAAAAGGGGUGAAAUUUC